AUGAUUAAAAAGUCAUUUCUUAAAGUUUUAUCAUCAUACUCAAUUAUCUUGGUUACUAAGUACAUUAACUACAGUUCAAAAACUAUCGAUACUGAUGGUUUAGCUUGUCAAAGUCAAGAUCAGCGAAUAUGGAAUGGUGCUCGUUCAACUAAAGGAGUAAAAGGCAAAGGUAGAUAUUAUUUUGAAAUAACUCAAACUGAUCCCAAUGGUAUUGCACGUGUUGGUUGGUCAGUACCAAUAGCAAUAAUCGAUCUUGGAACUGAUAAUCAAGGUUUUGUUUAUGGUGGUACAGGAAAAAAGUCAUUUGCAAAACAAUUUGAUGGUUAUGAUGAAACAUUUGGUGUUAAUGACACUAUCGGAAGUUUCAUUGAUCUUGACCGAAUGAAAAUUCGAUUUUUUAAAAAUGCUUCGUUUAAAUAUCAUCUUUUCAUAUAG